AGGAGAUCGAGACCAUUUUGCCUAACACAGUGAAACCCCGUCUCUACUAAAAAUACAAAAAAAAAAAUUAGGUGUGGUGGUGGGUGCCUGUAGUCCCAGCUACUCGGGAGGCUGAAGUCGGAGAAUGGCAUGAACCCGGGAGGCAGAGCUUGCAGUGAGCCGAGAUGGCACCACUGCACUCCAGCCUGGGCAACAGAGCGAGACUCCAUCUCAAAAAAAAAAAAAAAAAAGGAAGAGUUAAAAAGGUAGCGGUUAUCAGUGGCUGAUAUCAGGCUGGCCUUGUUUGGAUGGGGGAAAAGAAACUCCAGAGCUGAAAGACAGAGGGACUGGGCUGCCUCUUGAGUGUGGAAGGUGGAUCAGAGCCAAGCAGGGAGCUGGGGAACCAGGGCUGGGAGUGGCUCGCCUGGUGGCGCAGACCCAGCUCACUCAAGAUGGAGCUCACACUGGGGAAGCCAGGAGAUUCAGCUCUGCUCCGAAGGCCCUUCCUGUCUGCACGUGGGUAUCACUGCGUGAAGAGGAGUAGAGACCCGAUUGGGCAGAAGCCAUUCCUUGUUCUAUUUUUGAAGCUUUUUGGCUGAAGCCAGUGUUUCACACGAGGAAAUGAAAGUUGGCUGAUGUAAUUCAGUUUAAAAUAGGUGUCACCUUUGGGGACCUAACCCAGAUUGUAAUUUUCUUUUGCAUGCUGGGUAUUCAGAACUCAGCAAAGAAUGUGUUGUCAGGAUUGCAACUGAGGUUGGGGGGGGUAACGGUGGAGACUGGCUCAUUGUUGACAAAAGCUUCUGUUAGAUUGAUAAACUCUUUCCAGGUAACAGUUGGGACCUCAUUGAUCCCAAUAGGUCUUAGAAGUUCUAGCACAUCUAAAUUUCCUUAAUAGUUUAAUUGAGGAAGAGCAUUGAUGAAGAACUGGGAGAUCUCCCUUUGUACCUACAUUUCCCCCUUUUUAGAGUGAGAAGAUGAGAACGGCCUCCAGUUCGCAUGUACGGGUGCUGUGAGGAUCCAGCAGGGGAGAUACAGUGCCCAGCACCAAGCAGGGGCAAGUGAGCGCAGUCCAGUUUUACAGCAAGUUACCCCUCAAGGGCAGUUGCUUUGAUGGGGAAGGUAGAGAGGGAGGAAGAAGGAGGGUUUGCAUGGUUGGCAGAGGUGCCCUGCACCCUCCCCGUGCGGGCGGUAAACAGUCUCUGCCCACCUGGAAGCCGUGGAAGGUGGGUGGUAUGGAUGAGAUCCCAUCUGACUGUUCCCUGAGCUGUUUCUGAAGUGAGCUUGUUAAUGACAGUGUGGACAUGCUUGAGCCUAGCCAUCCUUAACUGGUGGUGAUGCACAGGGGACAUGCUUCGGGCAUUCCAUGCAGCCUUGCGGAACUCACCCGUCAACACCAAGAAUCAAGCUGUGAAGGAGCGAGCCCAGGGCGUGGUGCUGAAAGUGCUCACAAACUUCAAGAGCAGCGAGAUUGAGCAGGCUGUGCAGUCACUGGACAGAAACGGUGUUGACUUGUUAAUGAAGUACAUUUAUAAAGGCUUUGAGAAGCCCACAGAAAAUAGCAGUGCAGUGUUACUCCAGUGGCACGAAAAGGCCUUAGCAGUAGGAGGACUAGGCUCCAUUAUAAGAGUUCUUACAGCAAGAAAGACUGUUUAAAAAAAAAUAAAAAGACUCAUGUUACCUUGAGAAGAAUUCUGGAUGCCCAGGCUGGUGAAGAAGGGAUUGACAAUGGACCAUCUUCCUAGGAACUCCCAAGUAAACUAUUUCAGGACAUGUAUCUGCUGAAAUGUGUUUUAUUUUCAAGGUGGAGGGAAAAAUCGUCUAUUUCCUAAAUCCUGUUUAGGAUCUGAUAGUCUAUGCCUUUGUCUCCGAGUACUGCAGAACUGACAUUUUGACGAUCUACCAGAGUGGCAGCUGGCGUUGGUCAGGUGCACCUGUGUGCACUGGGGGAGGGAUGGUUUGGGCAGGUGCAGAUCCAAGGGCUGUGGUAAACGGGAGAGCUUGUGUUUUUGAAGUGGAAAAAAACCCAAGAGUUUGUACAGACAUCCCGUCUUCCCAGAGAAGGUGGACACUCUUGGGCUCAUUGUAAAGUGCCUGCUGCAUCAAUAAAGCUCUUGGCUUAUUAGUAUAUACAUUGCGGUGUGUUUCAUAUAUGUAAAAAAAUGGUAAUGAAUGGGAUGGUAAUGAAUGAGAGUUCAGUUGUUCCGGAAACCCGACGUGGGAGGAGUAGACCUGUGCCCCUGCUGAGUCACCCCUAGGAGCGAGCAUGGCAAUCCACAGGCCCUCUGCCACAGGACGCCAGCCUUGGCCUCAGAGCCGCUGGCUGCUGCAGAGAGGUGUUUGCUGAAUGAACUAUUUAUUGUUUCUUACUCCUUUGAUUUGUAUGUAAUUAAUUUUGGAGCUUAUUUAAUAAAGUGCCAAACAUUUAAUAAUUGA